CUUUUUUCCAUACUUUUGAUUUGUUGAUUUUUGGACGUCUCUUGAAAUGUAAAUAAAUUUGCUAUGCUAGUUUAGUGAAAAAUCUUUAUAAACUGAUGAUAAUCAGCGUUUAAUAUGUCUAAUUAUCAAGAAAUAGUUAACUUAAACAUCGGUGGGACCAGAUUCUCAACAUCAUGGCAUACUUUGACAUGGGUCCCAGACACAUUCUUCACAGCCCUACUCAGUGGCAGGAUACCCACAGUUCGCGACGAAAGUGGGGCCAUCUUCAUAGAUAGGGACCCAAAUCUAUUUGGGCUUAUAUUGAAUUAUUUGAGAACUCGAGACAUAGAUCUGAACAAUGUGAAUAUUAGAGCCUUAAGGCAUGAGUGCGACUACUUCGGAAUAACCCCCCUGAGCAGAAGACUGGCCCUAUGUGAUGAGAUGAACCAUUCUUCAUGUGGUGAUGUCUUAUUCUAUGGUUACUUGCCACCACCAUUGAACUCGCCCGUGCCGAGUAGACACAACAGCAGCUGUUCUCGCAAGAGCUCCACCGCAUCCACCACGGAGCCACCAACCAACCGGACACACUCACGCAACUCCUCCCUCGACCUCAGGAAUGUUGGCAGGAUUGCUGCUCAGGAACCUUUGAGCCGCUGCGGCAGAGGCCACUCAAGAACAGCAUCUCUUGGUAAUGCCGAUUGCAGCAGAGGACACCGCCCACCAGAAAUUAACACUUGGACAGACAGCAUGAAAGUACAAAUUAUAAAAGCUCAUCACAACUGGAUAGCUGUCGCCUCUACACAUUUUGUUACUGGAUACAAAUUAACAGACGCCUGCGGGUGGUACGUAGUGUUCCAAUCUCCCGUCCAAGACUCGCCCAUAGACCGGAUAGCGCUCAACGCGAAGACCGGAGGCACCGGCGCCAGCACUAGCGGGGCCACGGCGUCGGGGACUGACAUCAUGCUGGGCAUAGCUAGCGGGUCGAUAGUGAGGCUGUGGGCCUUCUCCACGCACGGGGAGCCCGUCAGACGGACUCUGAUUGGGACCUUCAACCUCGGCGUCCGCGUAGAACACCUACUCUUCGUGGGUCUCCAACUAGUGGCGCUGGCGGGCGGCGGGCGCGGCUCCAAGUGUGGAGUCUGGCACACCAGCACACAGCACUGGCAGGUGCAGGAUGUGGCACACUUGACCACUCAUGACACGGCGGGGUCGUUCCUGUUGCUGGGGACUAAUACUGGACAUAUUAAUUAUAUUGACAUGCAGAAGUUUCCUCUUCGUAUGAAGGACAAUGAUCUCCUAGUUACUCAACUCUACAAGGACCCGAAUCAAGAACCAAUCACUGCUAUCUCUGUAUACCUAACUCCUAAAACAAAUCUGUGCGGCAACUGGAUCGAGAUAGCGUACGGCACUCGCUACGGCUCCGUGCGAGUCAUCGUGCAGCACCCUGAGACGGUGGGCCACGGGCCGCAGCUGUUCCAGACCUUCACUGUGCACCAGAGCCCUAUUACUAAGGUGUCCCUCUCCGAGAAGUACCUGAUCUCCGUGUGCAGCGAGUACAACCACGUGCGGUCGUGGCGGGUGACUCGCUUCCGCGGCAUGAUCUCCACGCAGCCCGGCACCACGCCCAAGGCCGCCUUCAAGGUGCUGGCUCUGGAGGCUAUAGCUGCGCAGCCGCAUAAUGAUUGUGGUCCAUACGGCGAGCAAGAUGAAGAACAGAUAUUUAUUCAAAAAGUUGUACCUGACACCGACACGCUUUAUGUGCGAAUGGCUUCCAAUGGCAAAAGGGUGUGCACAAUCCGCUCAGUGGACGGUUCAGCGGUCUCCUGCUUCGCUCUAGCGGAGUGCGAGGGAGCUCUACGGCCGCGGCGGCUGCUGCUCUGCGGCCACCGCUCCGGCGCCACGCAGAUAUGGGACCUCAGUGCCGCCAUUGAUAGAGCCGCCAAGACUGCGUGUGUGCAGAGUGUGCAGACUGCAGGAGGAUCAAACAGCGAAGACAAGCGCGCGUCAGAAGACGACGCGACGGUCCCGGACGGGGGCCCUACUCCGGACGAGCUGGUGCGCCUACUCUCAGCCUGCGACCUCGACGCCACGCCGGUCGCGGUGCCGCAGUCGCCCAACCGGCCCAUACAGGCGCCGUGAUCAAUAUGGCGUCAGGACACGGAUGCGUGUGAUUAGGAAUGUGACGCGGGAAUGAAAUGGGGUUUGUGAUAAAUUGGCGUAAAAUGGUUAACUAUUCUCUUAUAUUAUG